AUGACUCAGUCGCCAUCACGUGGUACAUUGUACCGUGUGCGCGCUGUGUCCGUGUCUUCCGGCGGAUUGUGUCGACUGUGGACAACGCUUUCGGUUCAAGUUGGCGGUGGCUCUGUGAGUGCGUCUUCUGGUCUGGCAGGUGAUGUUGUAUUGUCCAGUGGUAUAGCUUCGAUAGGCGUGGCGACUUCAGCCGUCGAUUCUCUUAACGACCGCGCAUGUGAAGCUCUAGUCGGUGACGGCGUGCCUAUUCCAUCCGACGCAGGCUCGCAAGACAGCGGUGCCAUGCGCAUUGGCGACAGCAAUGCGGCUGUUGCCGAUGUGGAGUUGGUGGGGCACGGACGCAACACAGAAGGUGAAGGUGACGGCAAGGUAUUUCUGACAAGCAGUGGUGAUGCUAUCAGCAGCGCGGGCAUGCGGGUAUCCACAAGCAUCAUGUCUGGUGGUUGUAGCGGUGUCAUCGAGGUGCGCAUGAGCCUUCAGCAAGUCCAUUCGUAUUGGUAGACGGCUCCGUAGUUUACGUGGUGGACACCUGAAGGUGACGUACAGGGAGAAUGUGAAGCUUAGGAGCUGCCCAUGGUCAAGAUGAAUUAGUUCUUUGUCAUAGGACGGUGAGCUUUCGACGGUGCGGC